AACACCAGUAGGUAGUUGUCUGGUUGUUUGAAGGUAGUGCGUUGCAAGGCACCUUUUUUGUUGUGAUCCGCCCGAGAGAAUAGUGACAACUCGACCAGGAAGCGAUAGGGAUUUCUCACGACACGUACCGCAGGAAGAGUGAGCGAAGGUGAAGAAAGGCUCGACCGAGAGUUCAGCGCUUGACGAUUCGCCAACAAGAUAUUGUGCAGAGCGCGAAGACAGCACUGCAAGCGUCGCUGCGAGAGAGAGAAACAGAGGAGUCAAUCUUGUUCACACCCAGCCCGCACAUCUCCCUGCCCCCAUUAAGCACCGCAGCUGUUCCUCACCUGUCAACCAUGUCAUCAGUAGACAUGAGGCCCCCACCCACGCAUCACCACCAGCAGCAACAGCAGCGGCAACAGCUGCAGCAUCGUCAGCAGCCACACCAUUACCAGCAGCAGCAGCAGCAGCACCAGGCGUAUGCGUACACGACCCAUGACAUGUACACUCAGGGCGGCAACGGUAGCCAAGGUAACGGCAACCAAGGUAACAACAUGGCCGCCGGGCACUACGCGUCUCAGCCGGCGCAAAUCAAGCCCAGGACCAGCGUGGUGGCGGGAGCGGACUCGCCCACGAAGUCGGCGUUCUAUCAGCCGAUGGCGUCUGGCGACGUGCCGGUUUGCAUCCUUCUAGUGCCGUACGGUGCGGGUGCAGCCGGAACGCAAUCGCCGUCCGCGGGCGUGCAGCCCCAGUACAUGCCACACCCGUACACUCAGACCGGUGACAGCCGUCUGCCGGGCGUCGCCGGCGAUGCCAGCAACGGCGGUCGCGUCGCCACCCUCUCGGACAUCAAGCUGAGCUACGCGCCCUCUUCCGGCUCCUUAUCCUCUGCCUCGUCCUCUUCCUCUUCAUCCUCCUGCUCUGUGGCAGCCAGUCGCAGGGUGGUGAAGGAAGCGCUGGAUCUAAGCAACAACCAUGACAUGAUAACCAUGACGAGCAACAUGGCAGCCAUGUCAAGCAACGCUCGUCACUGCACCUUAAAACAGCUGCUCAGCAUGCCGAGCGCAGUUCGGCCAGUGUUGCCGCAGCAGCAGCAGCAGCAGCGGUAUCCCAUGCAGGCGAUGUUCCCGCCGGCGACGUCGUCCGCCAACUCGCCGAACGUUUCGCCGCACGCCUCGCCGCGUUCGUCGUACGCGACAAGCUGUUCGUCGUCGCCCGCUUCGACGCCGUCCUCCACUGCCGCCUCGCCGUCACCGCUGGUGUUGGUCGGCGACUCGUCAUCAUCCCCGGCGCUGUCCUCGUUACAGUCCACCGCCGAGGACUCUCAUUCGCCAUCGCCGCUCAACGAGUCCCCGAUCAUCGUCGUGGACUCGCCGGGGAGCCCAGCACCGGUGGAUGGUCCUGUGGGCGGCGGCGAGCAGCAGCCGCCGUCCGAUGCACCCUGCACGCGUGACACCGCGCCCGCAGGUGGCGGCCCCGCGGAGUCGCGGCCCAGCGCGUUCCGCCCGAUCAAGAACUGGAACGGGCGUUCUGCGACGCGAAAGCGCCACCCACCCGCCGGCUUCUACCACCUGAGCGCACGGCAGCAGCGCUUGUUCGGCCAGAAAGGCAAGCAGCAGCAGAAUAGCACUCCGGCAAGCAGCAUGACCAGCAGCAGUGGCAGCAGCACAACCAUCGGCAACACCACCACCACCACCACCACUAGCAGCAGUCGUAGCCAGUGCAAGACCUUCGAGCACUAUGGUGCCUUCAGGCCCGUGUCGAAGGCCGGCGCGAAAAGCAAAGCCAGCCCUCCGCUGCCCACUGGCGCCACUGUCACUGCAGCAGCAGCCGCAGCAGCAGCAGCAUCAGGCGCGCCGCCCAAAGCAGCUAACCUGCCGUGCGCAACACCGCCACCAGUGUACUCUUCUUGCCAGUCGGCGGCGGCCAGCAAGAGCCCCGUCCGUUCUGACCAACCCAGUGGUGGCAGUAGAGGCGUGCGCCGUGAGAAGCUCCUACUGCAAGUCCUGCUAGAGCGGUCAUGCUCUAGCUAAGCCUUGCCGUGCUUGCACGCCAGCAAGCCAGUAGUAGAUCUUUGCAGUGUCGCAACUAACUUAGCACCGCUCCUUUCCUUUUUGGAGCCCAUCUGGUAUUACGUGAUAUUCAUAUGUCAGAAUAACAAAUUAACAAUUAUUUAUUUUGUAUUUGUGCGCCAUAUCCGCGCUAUCCCCCUCCUUCUCUUUCUCCAAGUUUCUCUCCCCCCCCCCCCCCCUCCUCUUUUCAGUCUCUUCCCCUGCCUCCCUCCCUUAUAUUCUCGACUGAUAUCUUCUAGCUUAUUUAGAUAGAAUUGUUUAUCUCUAAGUAUCUGGAUUUCAGGUCUUGAGUAUUUAUCUUAGAUUAGUCUCUCAACGAUAUUUUCACUGAACGAAGAAAGUACCUCGCCAUGCAGGCUGUGGGUUUAUUGUUUCCAAUUCAAAAACUGUUUUCAACUUUUCACCCUUCACAAUUCACGCUCCUCAUCCGAUUCAUGCUUGAAAAUGUUCUUUUCGUUUUUCUUCAAAAGACCACAUUGCAGUAGUAAUUUUCUCACUAGUCAGUGGCUUGGCAAAGACCAAUG